AUGUCCGAACCUCAAGGCACACCCACCAAGAGCGAGGGUGAGUGUGAUAGAUCAUCAACAUCCAGUCCAUUGAGGUCCAAACAAGAGCAGAAAGAACAACAGGAUGGCCGAAAUUCAGAUUCAUUGUCAAUACCGAAGGAUUUGCACGGCAAUUAUAGCGAUAUUUCAGGAAAGAAAGAGAUGGAGGCUCAACAUUCCAGUAGUAGUCAUCCAUCAAAACUUAAACAUUUCAGUCACAGCCAUGAAUUGACGUUCGAAGAAGAACGGAAAAAGAAAAACUAUGAUGCCGAAGUAGUUUUUUGCAAUGCGUGCGAGGAGCCAGUGUUUGGCCCUAGAUACAGUUGCAACACAUGUGUCGACCCCAAUUCCACCUUCAACCUCCAUAAAUCAUGUGUGGAGGAGUUAUCCUGCGAGAUCAUCGAGCACCCGAUUCACUGGCACAAACUGAAAUUCGAAUGUAAAACAGAGCCAUCCGCAGAACUUUUCACUUGUCAUGCCUGCCACCAACCUUGUAGAUUAGCCUACGCUUGUUCCGAAUGUGAUCUUGCCCUUCACCUCAAAUGUGCCUCCAAUUGGCGCCACAUUCUUGACAGGAAAAAGCGCCACGUGCAUCAAUUCAGCGUCCUUCGGAAAGGAACUCCAUUUGAUUGUGAGGUAUGCGGCCAAAGUCAGGAUUCACUCCGCUACCUUUGUACCAUCUGCCACCUCUUGGUCGGUAAGGAAUGCACACAAUCACUACCACACGCCAUCAAAAUUAGCUCGCACGAAGACCCUCUCAUGCUCAUCUGGUUCCUUGAACUGUUGCACCCGAAGGACCAAAUUUGUAAAAUUUGCUAUACAAGCACGAACAGAAGUCGCGCUGUUUAUCGAUGUCGAUUCUGUGAUUACGUUGCCCACACUCUAUGCUCCAUGGACAAAAUAACCGACGCCGAUGAUGCUUACAUCCAACUUUAUAUAACAAGACUUCGGAGUUUCAAAUUGAAAUUAAGGGAGAUACAGCCAAGUGAGCGAGUUGGGGAACGGGAGAUCAAGCAUUUCAGUCACGAUCAUACCUUAACCCUCAAUGAUGAACUUAGAGAUAAUGAUGCAAUUACUUGUAACGGUUGCAUGGGGCCCAUCACCAUCCGUACCCGUAACUUUUAUUGUUGUACACAAGAUUGCCUUUUUUUUCUCCAUGUAGAAUGUGCUCUAUUAUUUAAAGAACAGCUUCACCCAUUUCAUCCACAAGAGCUCCAACUCCUCACAAAAGCUCAUACCUUUGACGGACUGUUUAACUGUCGUAUGUGCCACAGCUUGAGCCAAGGCUUCUGUUACCAUUGUAAAAGAUGUGACAAAUACCUGGACCUCCAAUGCAUGUCUAUUUCCAACCCUCUUCUACAUGACGCUCAUAUACACACCCUCCACUUGAACUCUAGUUCAAGCAAGGACCAUUGCGGGGGUUGUGGUAUCUCUCUUGCGGAUUUUCGCUUCAGUUGCUUCAAAUGUAAGUUUCAUUUGUGCAUUCCAUGUGUUAAACUACCUGCUACUGCUAGGUACAAAUACCAGGAUGAUCCUCUCAAGCUCGCCUACGAUUCCGUUGAAAAUGAACUAGGUGAAUAUUACUGCGACAUAUGCGAAGGAGAACGAGAUCCAACACAUUGGUUCUACAAGUCCGAACAUUGUGACUUUGAAUGCCAUCCUCAUUGCAUUCUAGGGCGGCAUCCGCAAGUUAAGUUAGGGAGCAGUUGCAGGCUUGAUGCUCACCCACACAUUGUCACUUAUGUUGAUAAGAGAAAGAGUGCCAUUCCUUCUGAUAAGAGAGAGAGAAUUCUUCCUUGCAACGGGUGUGGUGAACCUUGCGAAGGAUUGGUGUUUGAAUGUUCUGUGUGUAAUAAAGAUUAUCACCGAAAAGAAACUUGUCUGAGUCACUACAACACAACUGCCGAGGUAAUACGUCCGUGCUAA